AUAAGUGUGCUUAAUUUAUUGUAAUGUUACUCAAGACGAUCAUCUUUUCUGUGCUUUUUAUCAUCAUUGUGGUUCUGUGGAAGAAACGAUGGUUGUUGUAUCACUCUUGGAAAAUUCCUGGACCAUUUGCGGUGCCUCUAGUCGGAAGUGCGUUUCUGUUAAGCGCAACAAAAGAUAAUUUUUUCGACUUGAUUUAUCGAAAUCUGGAUUCCUGGAAACCAGUUACUAAAUUUUGGGUAGGCGCAGAGUUGUACAUAGUGACCACGAGACCGACAGAUGUAGAAAAAAUUUUAACGAAUUGUCUAACAAAGUCGCCUUUCUACGACAAUCUUGGUGGUGUAAUAAAAGACAGCCUUCUCACACUAAAAGUCAGUAUUUGGAAAAAACAUCGCAAAAUGAUCAAUCCCUCUUUCAAAUCGACGAUUUUAAAUUCAUUCCAUGAUGUAUUUGUCAAGUAUUCAAGGGAAAUGGUGAAGUUUUUGAAUGAUGCAGAAGGAAACGAACAAUCAGAUCUCGUUUCAGUCAUAUGGGAAAAAACACUGGAUUCUGCUUUAGCCACUUUAACGAACGUAAAACCGGAUGCGAUAAAAGAGCGAAGACGUGCCAUUACAGCCGCUACGAAAAUCGAAGAAAUAUUUAUACAGAGAUUCCAUAACUUCUGGCUUCUGAUCGAUUUUAUUUGGAAGUUGUCCAAAUUACAUGAGGAAUAUAAGGCGGCUUGUCAAAUUGGUCACGCAAUUGCCGAAAAUAUUAUAACAGAAGAACACAAGUCGUAUGAAUCACUAAAAUUUUCAGGUGAUAUUAUUCGAAGUGAGCAUUUUCUGCCUCAUUUGAUUAAAUUAAACCAAACCAAGCAGAUCACCCGGAAAGAAAUUUUGGAAGAAAUGAGUUUGAUGCUUAUAGCGUCGAGUGAAACGACGGCACUAACAGUCAAUAUAGUUUUAACCAUUUUAGGAAUCUAUCCAGACAUUCAGGAAAAAGUAUUCGGGGAACUCGUCUCGGUUCUACCAACCAUCGAAAAAGAUCCGACUUUGGAAGAUAUCAGUCGUUUAGAUUAUCUAAAACGCGUGGUAAAAGAAACGAUGAGAUUAGUUCCUAUAAUUCCCUUCAUCUUGCGAUAUACCGACGAAGACAUUAAGUGUGGAUCUUAUGUUUUCCCUGCCGGAUCUAACUUCUUCGUUCCUAUAAUAGUACUGCACAGAGAUUCAGACGUGUGGCCCGAGCCGGAAAAAUUCGAUCCAGAUCGGUUUCUCUAUGACAAAAUUACGAAAAGAGAACAUUGUUCGUACAUUCCUUUCAGUUUUGGUAGUAGAAAUUGCAUCGGUUUAAGGUAUGCAAUGAUGUCAGUAAAAGUAAUGCUUGCAACGAUUUUGAGAAGCUUCAAAGUACAAACUGUUGGUUUAAAAUCAUGGAAGGACAUCCAGUGGGAAUAUUUGAUCAUGCUGAAGCCUAAAAAUAUUCGUCUACUUUUCGAAAAAAGAGCGUUUUGAUCGUAUGUGUUUUCCCAAAAAUACUAAAUCACUGAGUGAUAUUUAAUCGUUUUCUAAAUUUUUUUCACAUAUAAUUAUUAACAGGGUAAAGACUCCAAAAAUAUGCAAACAUGUAACGUUUGUAAGGUAAUGCCAAUGAUUAUAGUGCUCGAAA